UUUUUUUUAUUGUGUUUCUUUUAAUGUAGGAAAAUACGAUCAUAAAAAAUUUCACGAAGCAAGUUUGAGGAAAUACGAACAAUAUGGCCCUAUCGUCAGGGAACAACUCGGUGGUUCUUAUAAUGCAGUUCUACUGUAUGAUCCUAAAGAUAUGGAAAAAGUAUUUCGACACGACGGGAAAUACCCUUCCAGACCGGGUAUCGAAUUUUUAGCAGCUUACAGAAAUCUUAGGCCACAAUGGUAUAAAUCUGGAGGUUUGGCAGUAUUAGAAGGUAAAGAAUGGGGCGAAUUUCGUGUAAAUGUGCAACAGACAUUAUUGCGACCAAAGUCAGUUCUCAAUUAUCUAAAUCCUAUGGAUCAGGUAGCUAACGACAUGAUAAAUAAAAUUAAAAAGUUAAGAAACGAGUCGAAUGAAGUCCCAGAACUCUUAAGCGAGUUAUACAAAUGGGCUUUGGAAUCUUUAGCUUCGAUGGCUCUUGACAAAAGAUUGGGAUGUUUGGAAGAUGAUUUAAAAGAGGAUUCGGAAGCGAUGAGAAUGAUCAGAGCAGCACACGGAACAUUCCAAGGGAUGAGUGAUUUGAUAUUUGUACCAAUGCGUCUUUGGAAGUACAUUCCAACAAAAGCUUGGAAGCAAUUUGUUGAAGCUCAGGACGAUUUUGCAAAAAUCGCAUUUAAAUAUGUAAAAGAAGCAAUGGAGAGAAUCGAAAAUAGUAAAGACGAAGACAGAGAAAUGACUUUUAUCGAAAACUUAUUAAUGACCAAAAAUAUCGAUCACAGAGAUGCAGUUACCAUGUUACUAGACAUGUUACUAGCGGGAGUUGAUACGACGUCACACACGACAUCAUUUGCUUUAUAUUUUCUCGCAAAAAAUCCUCAUGUCCAAGAAAAGGCAUAUUCAGAAAUUAAAAGUCUUCUUUCGAAAGACGAACCUUUGACACCAAAAAUAAUGAACGACCUCCAUUAUCUCAAGGCUUGUAUUAAAGAAAGCAUGAGGCUCUUCCCAAUAGUUCAAGGCACUGUUAGGAGUUUAGAUCACGAAAUCGUACUCUCCGGAUAUAGAAUUCCAGCAGGGGUAGUUUUUAUGUUUCAAAAUUUAGUAGCUUGUCGACAAGAACAAUACUUUUACCAAGCUGAUAAGUUUAUUCCCGAGAGAUGGUUGGAAGAUGAUAAACAACAUCACCCUUUUCUGUUUUUACCCUUUGGAUUUGGAAGAAGAAUGUGCAUUGGACGAAGAAUUGCCGAACAGGAAAUGCUUCUUAUAAUUACAAAGAUCAUUCAAAAUUUUCAUUUGGAAUAUGACCAUGAAGAUAUCGACUGUUAUUUCAGAUUAGUAAAUGUACCAGAUAAACCAUUGAGAUACAGAUUCAUUAACCGCGAAUGAGUGACAGUAUAUUAAUAAAAUAAAAUAAUUGUAAAUCAGUAAGAUUAGUAACAUUAGUAUUUAGGAAGAUUAAAUGUAUAUUAUCACUAUUCAAUUAAACUAGCAGUUCUUUUUGUAUAAUACGCUUAUGCGCUGUAUAUAAAAAUAAAUAAAUAAAUUACUUUCAAAA